AUGAGAAUAAGGAUUUUAAUAUCAUUAAUUACAUGCUAUUAUUUUAUCGCACUUACAGUUCAACAGCAACAGCAGACAGUUUUAAGUGAACCUGAAUUCGCUAUUCAAAAUGAAGUAUUGCAUUCAAUUUUUACUUCUUGCAGUAGUUGUAUUUCUUUACUUCAAAUUCUUAAAAAAAUUUCAUAUAUGUCUGAAGGGUUUUUAAUACAAACUUUAACAAAAGCAUGCAAAAAAACCGGAAAAGUAGAUGAUGAAGUUUGUGAAGGUGUGAUUAGAGAACAAGCACCAAUCAUUCGUAGUAUUUUACCUUCAAUGACCAUAUCAGGACGAGAUGGACAUCUUUUAUGCGCAGCUGUUUUAAAUGUUUGCCCUUAUCCAGAGGUGGAAGAAUGGAAUGUUACGUUCCCGAAACCGAAGCUUGAUGAAUCCAUUUUAGAAUAUAAUUAUAAUAGCAAAAAAUCUAUUGGACAAACGUUUACAGUUUUACAUCUUAGUGAUUGGCAUAUUGAUCCACAGUAUAAAUCAGGCGCAGAGACAAUGUGUGAUAAACCCUUUUGUUGUAGAGCCGAGUAUACAGAUUUUACUAAUAUAACUAAGCCUGCCUCUAAAUGGGGUGAAUAUAGUUGUGAUACUCCUUUAGCACUUAUUAAAUCAUUAUUGGAAUAUAUUCCAACUGUUGAACCUAAUAUUGAGUUUGGUAUCAUGACAGGUGAUGUACCACCUCAUGAGGUUUGGAGUACUUUGCCUAUCUUGAAAACGAAAUUAAUUCAAGACGAAACAUAUCAUUUAUUGCAUCGUUAUUUUGAUUAUUCUUCGUCAUUUCAAUCUGCUCUAUAUCCUGCCAUAGGAAAUCAUGAAGCAGCACCAACAAACAAUUUCCCUCUAUGGUCAUCCAAUCUUCCUAAUGAAGCUGAAAAGCACUUUUAUGAUUUAAAAUGGCUUUACAAGAGUCUCGCUAAUAGUUGGAGUCGCUGGAUAUCAUCACCCUUAAAUAAUAUUGAGACUAAUAUGGGUAGUUAUACCAUCAGGCCUGUUAAAGGUCUUAAAUUAAUCAGUUUAAACACGAAUUUUUGUUACACUUUAAAUUGGUGGCUAUAUGAACAUCCUAUGCAAAAGGACCCUAAUGGUAUUUUAUCUUGGCUUAUUAAUGAACUACAAGACUCAGAGGAUAGGUAUGAACGAGUAUGGAUUAUUGGCCACAUUGCUCCAGGAGACAAUACUUGUCUUCAUGAUUAUUCCAACUAUUAUUAUCAAAUUGUAGAUCGAUAUGCUCACGUAAUUGCUGGCCAAUUCUUUGGUCAUACUCAUAAAGAUGAAUUAACAAUUUUCUAUGGUCACAACAAAAGACAAAUAGCUAAAGAAGCUAUUUCUGUUGGUUAUAUUGCCCCGUCUAUUACACCGUUUUUGAAUCUGAAUCCUGGAUUUAGGAUUUACAAAAUUGAUACAAAGACAUUUGAAGUAGUUGAUUCAAUAACAUAUAUAGCUGAUCUAAACCAGGCAGAUACAUGGUCAGAUGGACCUAAUUGGCAUGUUGAAUAUUCUGCAAGAGAAGCAUUCAAUUCAAGUAGAGCUAAGCUUAUAUCUCCUACAUCACCCUUAUCAGCAGAAUGGUGGCAUAAUGUAACUGAGGAUAUGGAAUCAAAUCAAAAGACGUAUGAAGAGUAUUACAAAUAUAGCUGGAAGUCAUCUCCAUUAUUAGAUCAAAACUGUCUUUUUAAUGAUGAAUGCAAAAAAAAUAUCAUUUGUGGUAUUCGCGCAGGUAAAUCAGAAUUACGCUGCGAUUAUGAACCAGAUAUCUUCAAUAGUGAAAGAGAAGAGCGGUAUGAUGACCCUGAACCUCAUCUUUGUGGCUUGAACUUACAAAGUAUUCGAUCUAAAUAA